GAUAACGGGAUGCUUUCUCUUGGUUUAGUGUCUACAUCUGUCAUACUUGUAGUUGUAUACAUAAUUAAUCACCUGGUUGGCUUACUGUCUCACAAGAUAAUGAGAUAAGUGAGCACGAUUAGCUCCUGGCCCCACCUCAUUGAUAGCUAGGUGAUGUCGGUUAGUGCAGGUGGAUGGGUUUUACUGGACAAAGUUUCUGACCGUCUGUGAUGAGUUGUGUGUUUGGUAUUUGUUUGUUGGAUCACAGAAGCCACAGUGCCAACAUAUCCUGUAAGAUAGACCAGGUAUAAAUGCUAACACUGUAUAGAUGUCUUGGCUGUAUUGUAUAACAGACUUCAGUGACUUUGAAGAUGAGCUUAAAGGAUAAUUAGUCCUUCUAGAAGUAACAGUGGGGAUAAUAACCAGUGAGUCAUUGUCCCUAACUAUCUCUACAGUCUUUAAGUCUCUGUCAGGCCAGGGGAAUGUCUGCUCUUUCACCUAAAUUUCUAGGGUGUGGUUUCCAUUGUGCAAACUUGUCACAGCAAACUCUGUCCAGUCACUCGCCUCACAUAUUUGCUCAAGUUGUGAAUGUCCCAGCUUACCUGUGGAGCUCAGGAAUUAUUUUAAAUUUGUGCAUCACUCAUUCUGUCUACGCGGCAGUCUUGCAUGGUUUGUUUGGAAUCUUUAUUGCUGAUUCGGUGGAAAACGUAGUGCCUACUUCUCCUUACUAUUCCUUUAUUUGUUGCCGUCAGAGUGAGGAGGGGAGAUGACACAACAGAGUGUCCGCCGCUGGACUCCCAAACACGUCGCCAAGUGGCUGAAAGAAGAGGGCUUCUGUGACUAUGUGGACCUGCUGUGCAACAAGCACCGACUGGACGGCACCAGUCUGCUCGCCCUCAGCGAGUACGACCUCCGCUCACCGCCCUUGGAGCUCAAGGUUCUGGGGGACAUCAAGCGUCUGAUGGUGUCCAUCCGCAAACUCCAGAAACAGAACAUAGACGUGUUGGAGGAGUUGGGUCUUCCCUAUGACGGUCACUCUCCCACAGGCACCGGGGGGAGUUUGGACUGGCUUUGUAAUGGAGACUCAGGCAGGGACUGUGAUAGCACUGACACAGCGCCGGUGGGAGAAGAGUAUCAUCAGUACACUAAUGGGAAAUACAAGCAGCAGACGAGGCGCCUGGAUCCUGAGUACUGGAAGACAGUGCUUAGCUCCAUCUAUGUGGUGUUUGUGUUCGGGUUCACGUCCUUCGUCAUGGUCAUAGUGCAUGAGAGGGUGCCUGACAUGCGCACAUACCCUCCGCUGCCAGAUAUUUUCCUUGACAGUGUGCCUAGAAUACCAUGGGCCUUUGCAAUGGCGGAGGCAUGUGGUGUGAUCCUCUGUAAUAUCUGGUUGCUGGUUCUGCUGCUCCAUAAACACAGGUCCAUCCUUUUGCGGCGUUUGUGCAGUCUCAUGGGGACGGUCUUCAUGCUGCGCUGCAUCACCAUGUUUGUCACCUCCCUGUCUGUGCCUGGACAGCACCUGCAAUGUUCAGGAAAGAUGUACGGUGACAUGUGGGCCAAACUGCAGCGAGCUGUGGCCAUCUGGAGCGGUUUUGGGAUGACACUGACAGGAGUGCAUACAUGUGGUGACUACAUGUUCAGCGGCCACACUGUGGUCCUCACCAUGCUCAACUUCUUUGUCACAGAGUACACGCCUCGAAGUUGGAACUUCAUUCACACACUCUCCUGGGUCCUGAACCUCUUUGGCAUCUUCUUCAUCCUGGCAGCACAUGAACACUACUCCAUUGAUGUGUUCAUAGCUUUCUACAUCACCACCAGACUCUUCCUGUACUACCACACUCUGGCCAACACCCGGGCCUACCAGCAGAGCCGACGAGCUCGCAUCUGGUUUCCCAUGUUCUCCUUCUUUGAGUGCAACGUCAACGGUCCAGUCCCCAACGAGUACUGCUGGCCCUUCUCUAGACCCACUAUGAUGAGGAGGCUGAUUGGAUAAUGAGCAGCAUCAGCAUUGCUGUCAGACACUUCUUAGCUUGUGUUGUUUCUCCGUCUGCUUUGUCAAGUUGCCAACUGAGGUGGUGUGUGGUAUCUUCAUCAACAAAGACAACUGAUGUCAUCCUCUUAGUACCUGAUGGGAUACACAGAGCCAUACUUCCUGUUUUACAUUCAUCAUUUUGAAAAAGUGAACACAGUGGCAGUGUCUCUUUUAUUAGUUGCUAAUUUUUCCUCUUAAAAGAUGUCAUUUUAUGUCAGUACCUCACAACUUAAAAACAGUAUUCUGUUACAGGAUUUAGUUAGAAGUCACAUCAAAAAAACACUGUUGGGCAGCAGCAGUCUGCGCAAAUCCUUCAUAGACCAUUCUGUACAAUUUCAGUACCUGAUCAUUUCAGUGUUUGAAUGCACAUUCUUGACUGAAACUUUUUGUCUUACUUCCUGCUUUGUAAUUUAUCAGAACAUAACACUAACAACCACGGUUAAAGCAAUAGGUAAAGAUCUACAUUUCAUAUAUUACUGUCGAACGUGUUGAGAAACAUCUUCUUUUUCACUCCUUGAGAUGAUACUUACUUUUUGACAGUGUUACUUAAUGUGGACAGAGUAAUUCAUGUCUCCUUGAAAAAGUUACUGCUCAUCUUUUGUUGAUGCCUUUUCCCCACCAGACCUAGAAAAGAUGCAUUCAAGCAAAUGUUGUUAUUAGCCAAAAAACAUGGAAUCAAAGAUAUUUUUUUCCAGUUGUCUUAAAUAUAAUUCCAUUUGCCAAUUACCUUGAGUGUUAAGAUAGGUUUCUCUAUGUAGAAAUGUUCCAAAUCUUUCAUGUUUACUGUUGGGAUAGUUGUAGAGUGCUUUUUUUUUAAAAAUCAUGACGGUGUAAAUGACCAGACUUGUGUAGGAUCUGAGCUCUCCCUUUCAAUAAUGCUUCAACAUUAACUUGUAGUUAUAGGUCUUAAAAAGGACCCUUGAAUUUGUAUGUAUGUGUUUAUAUUAAUUUAUUUGCUUUUGUAAAUGUCAAUAGGUAUUUUUAUAUUUCAUAUACAGUGUUAAGCAACAUGCACAUGAAAAAAAAAAAACGUUUACAGUUGCUCUUAACUAUGUAUUUGUUUGAAACACAAUGUGCUUUUUAAUGUGUAACGUUGAUUUCAGAUUGGCCUCAACAUUCCACUGAGUGAAACUUGCCAGUUGUAAUUGAUUCGGUCAUUAUGGCAUGUUAGAAAUACAAUAAGUCUAAAUGGAAUUGACAGUCAACAACACGUCCUUUCUUUAAGGAACAACGCCGUCAUGAACAUAUGUCCCUGCAAAGCCACAUUACUUGUUUCAUGUCUCGUUGAAUCAUUUCCAUCAUUAAAGAGCUGAAAUCAAA